AUGCAGAAGGAUAUUCCUGACCUAGAAAACCCUCACGAUUGUUUAAUUCAGUGUUUAGCUUGUAAUGAAAUUCAAGACUACAAAAUAAAUUUAGCAAAAUUCCAUGGAGUCUGUAAAUGACAUAGAAAACUUUUAGAGAGAAAUAGCUGAAUUGAGUGCAAAACGUGUAGGAUUAGUAUUUAUGUAUAUGAAUUUCAGAUAAUUCAGUGUGACUACUGUAUGACUAACCCACAAUUUUUGGCUUUAGAAUGCAGUCACAAGUUCUGUGAAAGCUGUAUACAAGAAAUUUCGCAAGGUGCCUUGAUUUGCCCUAUAUGUAUAGAUACUUCAGAAAAUGAUAGAAAUACUCAUGAAAUAAUAAAUAACCCAAUAAAUCAGCAGGAUUUUGCCGCAGAAGGAGAUAAAAGUGACCAUUCGCCAAGAUUUUUAGAUGAAAAAUAUUCUUAUAAAAAAUUACAGAUUAAUAUGUGCGAAAAUCCUAAUGAAAUAAUCCAAAAUAAUUUGGCAGAAGACCCAGAUUAGAUUACGAUAGGGAUUUAUUUAUAGUCUCCGAUUCCUGAAGCACCGUGUAUUUCGCAGCGAACACUAGCGGGAUGGGCUCUUUCAAGGCUUCAUGAGCCCGGGUCUAAACCCCGGUUUCUCGGAAGAAAUAUUUUCUCUCUUGAUCUGAAAAAUCCAGAUUUACUAGGACCAAGCGAAUUGUCCAGCUCCGCACAGAUAGGACCCUUUUAAACUGAAGAACUAGCCGUGAGAUCUUCUUCUAGCCUGUCUCCCCCUUUCCUCCGAUCAUCCCAAGGGAAAAAACUAUAGAUGCUUGCGCAGGUUAAUAACAGACCAGAAAAGCAGCUUAGACAGACAAGUCGUCCUGCCUCUAUCGAACAUUCGUUCUUGGCCUGGGCGCAGCUAGCAAAAAAAAGACGCAAAAAACUGUCGCUCGAGAAGACUGCUAAUCAGUGGAAAUAGUGCUGGCCUCUUGCUCUAAGGCUAACCCAAUCCUUGGACCGCUCUCUGCACCAAAAAACCACGUCCGGAUAUACAUAAGGACACCCAAGGAGAACAGAUUGCUCAUCACGGGCAAUUUUAUCUAUAUCCAUAAAACCCAGAUAAAAUAUUUCAAAAUCCUCAAAAAUUUCCAAAUAAAAUGACUAAAAAUCAAGAAAUUCCAAAUGAAAUAAUCCCAAAAGUACCUUCCAUAAACUCAAGGCCGUAAUUACUAAUUAGCCAAUGCCAAAAAUGCUUCAUAGGGGUCUUAGAAAACAUUAAUGAAAAGCAAUUUCAAUGUUUAAACUGCGAGAAAAAAUUUUGCGGAAAAUGCUUUAAAUGUUUAACAGGGAAAAAAUGGCCACAUCAUUGUAUAGAUAAUUUUUUUGGAAAUGGGAAAUUUAUCAACCAAGACUUAUGGAAAAAAAACGAGUUUUUAAAAACACACGAUCUUAUGAUACAAAUUUGCCCCUGCUGCAAUUUCUUGCAUAGCUAUUGGCUCAAAGAAGGGUUUAUUGUAACUUGUAAGUAUCCGCUGUGCACAUUAAAGCCAAGAUUUUGCCUUUAUUGUGGAAAGGGACUAAAUUUAGGUGAAGAGAGAUUACAUUUUGAUCAAGGGGAAGCCAAUCCAUGCCGAAGUGUAAGGCUGGGUUCUGAUAAUCAAAAAAAGAGAAAAUUUAAAAGAAUCAGGCUGCAGUAUUUUGAUGACUAA